AUGGGGCGCUGGGCCGGGGUCCCCAGCCCCUGCCCACCACUUGGGCUGUCCCUGCUCCUGCUGCUGCUGCUGGUGCCUCGAGGGGCUCAGCCCCAGGCUGGCAGGAACCAAACGGAACCCCCAGAAUAUAACGCCACAGUGACCCCUGGGACUCCCGCGAUCCCCGUAACCUCGGUGACCCCCAGGACCCCAGCCACAGCGACAGCGCCCAAGGCAGAGGGACCCCAUGGUGGGGGGCUUAUCCACCUGCCCAGGGCAGCCCCCUCCAAUAGCAGCCCUGGGGACACAGUGCUCACCGAGGCCGGGCAGCCCUGCAGGUUCCCCUUCCGCUAUGGCGGCCGCAUGGUCCACUCCUGCACUACAGAGGGCAGCGCCCACAGGAAGUGGUGUGCCACGACUCACAACUAUGACCGGGACAGGGCCUGGGGCUACUGUGUGCAGGCUACCACUCCCCGGGAGGGCCCAGCUGCCCUGGAUCCCUGUGCCUCUGGCCCCUGCCUCAACGGGGGCUCGUGCUCCAGCACCCAGGACCCCGAGUCGUACCACUGCACCUGCCCCGUGGCCUUCACCGGCAAGGACUGCGGCACGGAGAAAUGCUUUGACGAGAGCCGCUACGAGUACCUGGAGGUGGGCGAUCGCUGGGCCCGCGUGCACCGGGGCCGAGUGGAACAGUGCGAGUGUGUGGGGGGCCAGGUCCGGUGCCAGGGCACCCGCCACACAGUUUGUCAGAGCAGCCCCUGCUUGAACGGGGGCACCUGUCACCUGAUCGUGGCCACCGGGACCACCGUGUGCGCCUGCCCCCCAGACCACGCCGGGCGGCUCUGCAACAUUGUGCCGGCCCAGCCCUGCUUCAUGGGGAGCGGCACUGAGUACCGAGGUGUGGCCAGCACGGCGGCCUCGGGCCUCAGCUGCCUGGCCUGGAACUCCGACCUGCUCUACCAGGAGCUGCACGUGGACUCUGUGGGCGCCGCGGCCCUCCUCGGCCUGGGGCCCCACGCCUACUGCCGGAACCCGGACAAGGACGAGAGGCCCUGGUGCUACGUGGUGAAGGACAGCGCGCUCUCCUGGGAGUACUGCCGCCUGGCAGCCUGCGAUAAGGAAACUGAGGCUCAGAAAUCCCUUGCCAGAAUUCAGCCCCCGCCCACCGAGGUCCUGCUGAGCCUGCCUGGGCCCGCGGCAGCUGGACCAGCCGGACGCCAGACCUGUGGCAAGAGGCACAAGAAGAGGAGCUUCCUACGGCCACGCAUCAUCGGCGGCUCGUCCUCGCUGCCCGGCUCCCACCCCUGGCUGGCCGCCAUCUACAUCGGGAACAGCUUCUGUGCAGGGAGCCUUGUCCAUACCUGCUGGGUGGUGUCUGCCGCCCACUGCUUCUCCAACAGCCCCCCCAGGGAAAGUGUCUCUGUGGUCCUCGGCCAACACUUCUUCAACCGCACGACGGAUGUGACGCAGACGUUCGGCAUAGAGAAGUACAUCCCGUACCCCCUGUACUCAGUGUUCAACCCCAGUGACCAUGACCUCGUCCUGAUCCGGCUGGAGAAGAAGGGGGAGCGCUGUGCUGUCCGUUCCCAGUUCGUCCAGCCCAUCUGCCUGCCUGAGCCCGGCAGCGCCUUCCCCGCUGGGCACAAGUGCCAGAUUGCGGGCUGGGGCCACCAGGAUGAGAAUGUGAGUGGCUACUCCAGCUUGCUGCGGGAGGCCCUGGUCCCCUUGGUCGCCGACCGCAAGUGCAGCAGCCCGGAGGUGUACGGGGCAGACAUCAGCCCCAACAUGCUGUGCGCCGGCUACUUUGACUGCAGGUCUGACGCCUGCCAGGGGGACUCAGGCGGGCCCCUGGCCUGCGAGAAGAACGGCGUGGCCUACCUGUACGGCCUCAUCAGCUGGGGUGACGGCUGCGGGCAGCCCAACAAGCCCGGCGUCUACACCCGCGUGGCCAGUUACGUGGACUGGAUCAGCGACCGGAUUCGGCCCCCCAAGCGGCCUGCGAAUCCCUCCUGA